GCCCUUAAGGAGAAACAGAAUAGUCAUACCAAAAAGGAACAAGGUAAGGAGCUCUACUUAAAGGAACACGGUAAGGAGCUCUACUUAAAGGAACACGGUAAGGAGCACCACUUCCAGGAACACGGUAAGGAGCACCACUUACAGGAACACGGUAAGGAGCUCCACUUACAGGAACACGGUAAGGAGCUCCACUUACAGGAACACGGUAAGGAGCUCCACUUCCAGGAACACGGUAAGGAGCUCCACUUACAGAAACAGGGUAAGGAGCUCCACUUACAGAAACAGGGUAAGGAGCUCCACUUACAGAAACAGGGUAAGGAGCUCCACUUACAGAAACAGGGUAAGGAGCUCCACUUACAGAAACAGGGUACGGAGCUCCACUUCCAGGAACACGGUAAGGAGCUCCACUUACAGGAACACGGUAAGGAGCACCACUUACAGAAACAGGGUAAGGAGCUCCACUUACAGAAACAGGGUAAGGAGCUCCACUUACAGAAACAGGGUACGGAGCUCCACUUACAGAAACAGGGUACGGAGCUCCACUUCCAGGAACACGGUAAGGAGCUCCACUUACAGAAACAGGGUAAGGAGCUCCACUUACAGAAACAGGGUAAGGAGCUCCACUUACAGAAACAGGGUAAGGAGCUCCACUUACAGAAACAGGGUAAGGAGCUCCACUUACAGAAACAGGGUAAGGAGCUCCACUUACAGAAACAGGGUAAGGAGCUCCACUUACAGAAACAGGGUACGGAGCUCCACUUCCAGGAACACGGUAAGGAGCUCCACUUACAGAAACAGGGUAAGGAGCUCCACUUACAGAAACAGGGUAAGGAGCUCCACUUACAGAAACAGGGUAAGGAGCUCCACUUACAGAAACAGGGUACGGAGCUCCACUUCCAGGAACACG